CUUCUGCACAGAGUCCCGGCUAGUCAUGUACCAGUGGUAUGUAGAAGAGAAACUUCUUCCGAAGUUAGGAAGGCCGAAUUAGAUUCGCCUCCCUACUACUAGUACCGAUUUACUACUGCACCAGUCCUUCUUUCCGGUCGGAAGAAGAAUCUUUUCUUUUCCAGUAACACCGUCCGCGGGUGGAAACUAUUGCAAUUGUGGUUUUAUAGAGAGGUAAAAGAUGAAACUCUCCACUAGUAGUGCAUAGCCGGGUAAUAAUUGUUGUGGCACACGCGUCGUGUAUGUCGGUUUGGAGAACACCAAGGGCAGACUGAGAGGUACGCAACUCUCCUGAAGCAGUAUGGGCGAUUCUCUUCACCAGCAGAAACAGUUCAGUGCCGGACCCCCUCAGCCUGCAUGGCGACGGCGAAGCGUGCCUCUGCCACAAGCACCACAGACUCAAUCUGCAGCAGCUGCAGGUGCACCAGCCUCGACAACGUCGCAUCCUUCACACCCUGGGCCCUUGCUGCAAGCGCCAAAUCUACCCACAAUACCACAGGCACAGGCUCCGUCGCAGCAGCAAGCGCAUCCCUUCACACGACCAUCGCUCCCUACAAGUAGCAGCACAAGAACCAGGAGUCCGCCACAAUCGCAGGCAAACCAAACGCUAUCCUCUCUGCAGCAGCAAAAUGCGCAGCAACAGCAAAAGACGCAGCACCAGCAGCAGCAGCAGGCGGUCAAGGCCGCUAUCAGUUCAAAGACUUCAUCCCUGAGUCGCGAGGUCGGCACGGUUCCAAUGCAAUGGGCAAGCAAGAGUGCGCAACAGAAUGCACAGCACAAGCAGCAGCAGCCUCCUAUCGGCCCGCGACCUCCGGCACCCGACUGGCACGGCGAAAGCAUAGACGCACCUCGCCUUGCUCGCUCCAAAUCGGUCUACGGUGGCAGCGGGGAAACAAUCCGCUUGCUGCGCAUUAACCAAGAUCUCCAGGAGCGCCUUGGCAAGAGCGAGCGACAGCUAGAAGAUGAGCGGCAGAAUCACAUCCGCACCGUGCGCUCCAUGGAAGGCUCUCUACAGGAGCACCGCAGUCAUCUUCAGGAGGAGCGAAAGGUCAGCGGCGCUCUGAAUCGCGACGUGCAGCGCCUGAAGCACGACUUGUCCGCACAGGCCAAGAUGUUCGAGCGAGACUCGCUGGCUCUGACGGCAACGCAACGCGAGCAGCUAGGCAAGGAACUGAAGGAGCUGCGUGGCCGCGUGGCGGACGUCCAGCGCUGCGUCUCUCCGCUGAAGCAACUCUCCGGCAGCCUGCGACGCUCUCCAACAGGAGACGAAUCCCGUCUGAGUGGCAGUUCGUUGCUCAGCAGCCUUCGCCGUGCCAACCAGCAGCUAGCUUCUCUGUCGGGUCAGCUGGUGACUCAGCGGCAGGACAACGACGGCUCAACGCAAGGCGCUAGCGAUGAAGUUCUGGCCGAGAUUUACGACCUGGUCCAGCUGGACAGUGCUGCGUCGGAGAAGGAGAUCCUCGGACACCUGCGUCGCCGACUAGUGCACGGACACAAUGUGACGAUGCUUGGCGGCAUCACUCUAGUUCUGAACAGCUACGCUGGCACGAGCGGUGAGAGCAACGCUGCAACGCCGCCCCUCAGAGCUGUGUACGGUGCGCUACCGGUGUCCGCAAACCAGCUGGGUACGAUAACCCAAACCAUUGUCAAUCAACUGCAAGACGGUGUUCCCAGCAUCUCCGUCCUACUAAGUGGGGAGAGUGGCAGUGGCAAAACGUUUGCGUCGCAGCUUCUUGUGCGACUGCUCUUUGAGAAUGCCAGCCAUGGUCUGCUUGCCGAGCCUUUCAAGCACUAUGCAGCAGCUGUGACUGUCCUGCAGCCCAUGAUCACGGCACAGACCAGUGAAAGCAAGGAUUCUUCCAGAGUGGGACUCGUCACGGAGUUGCAGCUGACGGCAGGUGUGAUAGUGAGAAGCAGAGUCCACGCUUACUUCGCAGAUCAGGCUCAUGUGUUCCGGUCGUCGAAGGAUCGGUCAAUGUACCGUAUCCUCAGCAUGAUGCUUGCCUCCAUCUCACCCGAAGACAAAGUCAAGCUGCAGAUUGAGUCAUUGACCCAAGACACCCUAAAACAACUCAUUGGCUCCUCGCUUGAUCACAUUGCUGAUGUACAGGCUGAAUACAACCGAUGGAAGAUGUGCAUCGCACGGUUCGGAAUACCCAUUACGGACGUCUUGCGCGUGCUCAUGGCUGUCGUUCUACUCAGUGGAAUCCAGUUCGUCCUGGACAGCCGCUCCGGAUCGCAGCUCGACGUCAAGGGCACCGGAAAUGAGCUGAAGCUUGUGGCGUCGCUGCUGGGAGUAUCCCCGGUAUCGCUGUACCAGGCACUGACCACGCGUACACGACUGAUCCGCGGUCAAUCACUGCGCUCCUGCUCGGAUCCAGUUGCUGCAAACAGCAGCCGCGAUGCGCUUGCCCAAGCGCUGUACAUUCGCACACUGAACGCCGUCAUCAAGCGGGUCAACACCAUGAAGCAACGCAAUCCUCCGCCGGCACCGAAAAGAAAGCCUGUACCUAUGCAGAAGCCGGCUCCGCUUGCAGCGGAGAUGAAGAAAACCAGGCGUACCGUUUCGGACAGCGAUGCCCCAGGGCAGGAGAGACCACUGCCGCAGAUUCCCAAGCAACCGCGGUCCCCGCCAAGUCUGCCCCCGCCACCACCACUCCCGGACUCGCGUGGGAGUUCUGCCACCCCACCGGUACAGCAGGAUGAUGGCACAACGACGGGCAAUCGGAGCAGCAAGCCAACUGAGGAGGAAAGUAUUGUUGCGAAGAGAAGAGACACUGUCAUCACGGCAAAUCUCAAACUGGCCGGUUCAAACACCAAGAAGCCGGGAAUCACCGGUGCCAGCAAGUCGGCCCCGUCAGCGUCCACUGCUGGUGCGAUGACCGUGGCGGAGGACAGUGGAGCGUCGGCCACAGCGCUGGGGCUGGGGCUGGCCAGUUCCGGCAACUUCACUCACCUCGGCUCGCAGUCGGUGUCGGUCAUUGACUUGUUUGGCUUCCAAGGUGCUUCUCAGGCAAGCUGUCGGUUCCAGACGUUGUGUUGCAAUGUCACGGCGGAGGCGCUUCAGCAGCUCUACCAGAGUUCCGUCUUCAAACGCAGUGCCAUGGAAUGCAGGCUGGAAAGAAUAGACGUAAUGUUCGAAGCAGAAUACGACAAUCGAUGUGACUGCUUCCAGCUGUUCACAGAGCAGCACUCUGGAAUAUUUCCUCUUAUGACUAAAGAAUGUGCCAUGCCACGAAUUGCUGUGGAGAAUUUCAUUGGCAAACUGAGCACGUCACAUGGUGGGAACCCGUGUGUGGCUGCUGUGGACUCCAGCUCAUCUUCGUUCACCAUUCGCCACUACAACGGCAAGGUUACGUACAAUGCCGACGCUAUACUUGAGGUCAACAAGGACACCAUUGCUGAUGAUGUGGUGACUAUUUUCCAAGUACCGAAUUGUAAUUUUGGCUUCGUGUCGCACCUUUUCUCGGCGGAAACAAAGAUGGCGGGUGAAGGUGGUAAUGGUGCUCCGUCUCCUCGAGGCAUGCAGUACCGAAUCACACCACAAGUCACAGCGCCAGGAAACAGCGACUCCAAUCCCAACAGUCUGGUGCGUGACUUUCAGACAAAGUUGGAUGCACUGCUGUACACUCUGGAGCAGGACCCGCCUCACUACAUUCACUGUCUGAAGAGCAACAGUACGGGAGCAGCUGGUGUGUUUGACGAGAGCACGGUGGCUAGACAACUGCGACAGCUGGAUGUGCCGGACACGCUAGCCCUCUUCAAAUACGGGUAUUCGCACCACUGGUCUGUUGAGAAAUUCAAUCAAAGGUUUUCAUGUGUGGCUCACAUUCGCUACCAGAAGGCGAGCAGCACUGACCUCUCUGUGGGUAUCCUGAAGUCUAUCGAUGGUGCAUCAUCAGCUGCAUCCCUGCAAGGCACCAGCUCUUCGACCACUCUCGGUGCAGGUGCCCAGGGCAGUGGUGUUGUGUGCUCCGACAGCAAGACCUCCAACCUGGUGUGGGCUGUCGGUGAAAAGCUGGUCCUGUUCAGUGAGGUAACCCUUCAGCUGCUGGAGCACCGGCGCAACCUGUGGCGCGAGCGUUGCGUCGUGAAGCUGCAGAGCCAGGUGCGCAGGUGGCUGUGCGUCCGGCAGUGGCCGGACGUGAAGAGAGUGUUGCUACAGCAAAGGAGCAACCCAGUGGACAGGAGUGACACUGUGUCUGAGUGUACCACGAUAUCCAUGCCGGCAGUGGAGCAUGACUCUGCCACAUGUCUACACUCGGCUGACGGUUUCUCACCUCCACCAUUGCCGAAAACACGUCCGUACACUGUCGUGGGCAAUGUCAAGGUUGGAUUCCCGCAGGCAAGAAAGAUGGCUACGAACUACCCAGAGUUUGGAGAGCCAAUAUUCCUGACUGGGCAAGAGGUUCAUCUGGUCGGUGUGUCAGCGAACCGCCGCGGUUACAUCCGGGUUGCCAGGGGUGAUUCGACUGUGGAAGUGCCGCACCGCUUCAUGCGCUUCGAAAAGAACAAUGUACCGGGUGGUGAAGCUGUGUCACUUCUGUGAUGAUGCACCACAUUAAACCUGGACACGGAUUACUUCACGUCAACCGGCCUGCUGCCAACCGUAUUGCAUGUGGGUGAUUGUACAUGAUUCUGUGCAUAAUGCUCUCAGAGGCGAACAUGACUGCUAUCUACAGUCUUCCAGUAGCUGCUAGCUAGCAUGGUUUUGUGGCACAUUGGUCGAGUUUAGCAUGCAACCACGAUUCUCUUAUAAUUAUGGAAUAUAGAGGAACACUUCUAGUUGUAUAGUUGUAAUAGUAACCAUAUUCAGUAGACGACUAGCCUAGUAAGUAUGCCAGGAGGUGUCGUCAAACGAGAGCACUUUCUUUUAGAAUAUUUCAAAACUUCGUAUUGCACGUGAGCUCGCCUGCAUUCCUUCACUCCACACAACCAAGCUGUUUGCUCCCAUG